CCGGGUUUAGACCCACCAAAUGUCACAUCAAUGCCGGGUAAUUGUGGAGAGACGGUCGAUUUCCAUCCAACUUCAACUUCAACUUCAACUUCUAAAUCAGCUUCGAACCCGAUAGGUCUGCGCUCCGUGAAACAAUCCAAAUCCGUCGAGUCUCUUCCUACCAUCGGCACUUUACCCCUAGGCUCUCUUCGAAUCACCGAGCCUACAGAGGACUCGGAUCUGGAUACGCCACUUACUACUCCUGACGUCGUCAUGGAGUCAUCCUUGGACUCUGGACAUACGUUCCCUGUGGGGGGUGGCGAUGUCAUCAUCCUAGAUGAUCUUCCCGCAGGCUUUACUAUAGGCUGCGACACGAUGUCUUUCUCGACGAGUAAACCCUUUCCGGGCUUUCGCGAUAUCCCGCCGGGCGCGCAUCUUAUCUGGGUUGCCCCCUCCGAGCUGACGUCGUCGCGGAGCGCGUAUUGGAUAGUCACCCCCGAGAGAGAGGAAUGGGAGCACGGCGAGGUCUACGUCAAGCAGUGGGACAAAUUCAACGAAGUCCUCAGCGAUCCUGCCAGUCAAGCCGAAGAUAGAUUCCAAAAGGAGGCGCUGCGGCAGAUUUUUAGCAGCCUCUCGCCUUAUCAAUUCCGGGCUACUACGUCUGGAGUGCUUCUCGCACCACCUCGUCGUCGAGACACUGAGCAUCUUCCGUCCUUCUUAAGCAACGAGAACAUAUGGUCCCAACUCACGUCGGCGAUCAAUGCGGAUCUACUGAACAGAAUCACAGGCAAGGCCCAACGAAGCUGGCAGAUCACCACACAAGACAGCGUCGCCGGAGAGACGACCUUAGCCGAGGAAGCCCGCCUCUACGCCAGCGGCAAAUCCCAGCUCCGCUUCACAUUCCCCAUGAACGCACCUCUCAUCAGUCCCAAUGCAUCCGGCCAAGAGCGCACACGCCAGGCCCUAGACCCAACUCCCUUCGUGCUCGAGACAUUAGAGAACCGAAAACUCGAAGACCUCGCAGGUGAACUCUCGUUCGCCUUCCUGUCCGGCAUGCACCUCGGCAACUACUCGUGCCUGGAGCAAUGGUGGUUUUACACCACGCACCUUAUCUUCCGAUGCUACACCCUCGCCACCGCACAACCCCAGCUCGCGCGGCUUCUAAUACAGACGUUCCACGCACAGCUCGUAUACAACGACCGACACCUCGAAGGCGACGUGCUAGAAAUGAUGCCCUCGAACGCGCACAAGCUGCAGCGCUCGCUAACCACAUACGCGUCCCGGCUAGACGAGCUGUUUCAAGCUCUAGGCGACGACGUCACGCCCGACCGACAUCUAGUCCGAGACGCGUUUGCAGAUCUAGAGGCCUGGCUGAAUAGUCGGCUGGGUUGGGACUUGAGAGCAGAGUAUUUGCGCGCGGGCUCGCUGAUGUUGGAGGACGGCGAGAUGGUGAGUGCGGAGAUGUCGGAUUUCGAGGACGAGGAUGAGAGGGGCGAGUUUGCGCCCGUGGUGGUGCAGUUGGAUGGUGGUGGUAGGGAGGCUGGGCUCGUGUCGUGGGAUACGUAGGAUGAACAACAGACUCGGUCUGGACAUGGGCGUAGGCAUGGGUUUAGGCAUUGGCAUGUUGGUUGUGUUGUAUCAUGAUGUAUAUCUUUUACGACGUUCAUGAAUGGUCUUGCACCACUUUCUGUAUUACUGGUAAUCAUACAGGAACUAAUAGAAAAGGAAGUUCCUAGCAGAGGGUUGGUUUACGCCUGAUUCUUCUGUAUAGUUCAGGGCAUCGGAUGUACUACGAAGGCAUGAUAUAUGCGGCGCUGUAGACUACGAGGUGCUGCUAGAUCCCAUCCUCCGUGGCAAAGUAGCACUUUUUAUAUACCUUGAUU